AUUUAGUAAGCCAUAAGCUCCCGCAGAGAGAACACGCGUCCCGUACCCCCAUGUAACCGAACACGUGCUUUCACGAAAAAAAAAAACAAUUGACAAAUAAUGACGAGAAGCGUCAAAAAUGUACAAUAAAUUAGUGCUAUUAAGAUAAAAUCAAAUGAAACGUUAUCUGCUUCCAAUUUUAAAAGUGGAAAAAAUUGCGGAAUUUUGUAAAUGAAGAGCGCUGUUAAAUAAUUUAUUUUUAUUUAUUAUUUUUUGUGGUUGUUACUGUGAAGUGUUAGUUAUGUGUUUGGAAAGAUAUGUUUUGUGUUUCCUAUUAUUAUUUAUUGUGAUGUCUGUAGGCAAGGAAAAAAAUGAAGACAUUCAACACACAACAGAAAAGGAAACUCGUCCGGAAUACAUACACCCAGAUGGCCUUUUAACCUUUGACCCGUACCUAUCAGAUAUAAAACCAGAAGCCGAAGACGAUGACUACAUACCACUGCCUGAAAACGACGAAACAAUAGACGGUCUACCCAUAUUUUUAAUAGAACCGAAAAACGCAUAUGUCAUGAGAACAAAACCAGCUAGUCUCCUAUGUAGAGCUGCUAAUGCUUUGGAAGUAUUUUUCAAAUGCAAUGACGCUAGAAGUAACAAAGCAGUGCAGUUUGAACACGUUGAUCCUCAGAACGGUGUGAGGGUAGUUGAAGCUGAGUUGAAUGUGACCAAAAAUGAGAUUGACGAUUACUACGGCGGCAAAUUCGGAUGCGAAUGCCUUGCUUGGAAUAGCAAAGGAAGAAUUAGAAGUCAGGCGGUGUUCAUUGAAUAUGCAUACAUCAAGAAACAGUUUGUCCAGCAUCCCCAAUCAGCGACCAUCGAGGCGGGUCACAGCGUGACGCUGCGUUGCGUGCCACCGCAAGCGGCGCCGCCGGUGGAACUCAAGUGGACAAGGAACGGAGUGCCGCUGGACGUAAAGGAGAAUAUGCUACAGCUAACAAGUAUUGGGUUACAGGAUAUGGCCAACUAUACGUGCGUAGCUGAGAACAUAGCAGGCCGCCGGGAGUCGGAUGUUGCUGUCAUAUCAGUAUAUGUGAAUGGCGGUUGGUCGGACUGGUCGCCCUGGCUUCCGUGCCGCUGCGGCACCGCUACCAGCGGCCGCCGCCGCACCAGAACCUGCACCGAGCCUGCUCCAGCCAAUGGUGGGGCACCCUGCAGAGGUCAACAGUCCCAGAAUGAUGAGGACUGCCUGAGCUGUCAAAAUGCAGCUUGGUCUGCCUGGGGCGGCUGGUCGUCUUGCAGCGAGGACUGCAUGAGGGUUCGGCGGCGGCAGUGCAUCAGUGGGCUGGUCUCGUCUUGUUCAGGCACUAGUCUGCAGCACGCCGCCUGUGUUGAUGGAUUGUGUUCUACUGGGAUGAGGCUAAGUAAGAACAACUUCUCUCUCUACAUCGGCAUUGGCAUGACUGUUGUCAUUUUGGCGGUGGCGGCGGCCAUCUUCUACGUUUGGUGUAGAUACAAAAACUCAAGGCCAGGCUACAUCGCUGCGAGUUCAGGUAUCCCAAAGACGUAUCCGACCCGAGACAAAGCGGUCUCCGGGCCAGAUGUAACCAGGUCCUGCAACGAGUACUGGAUGCAGGGCCCUGAUAACCAUUACGAUAUGCCGCAUGUGCGAGACAGCUACUCGUCGCCCUUCGGCAACCGGACCCGGCAACCCUCGUCGGCCGGAAGCAACCACUACGAGAUGAAACCCUACAGCCCAUCCGGCGAAUCCGCUUCUAGUUGCUACACUAACUCCAGAACAAUGACGUCACGCUCCAGCGAGUGCUCCUCCCAGCUCGCGGAGUUGGUGACGUCAUCUCCCAGCUCCGCAAAAGUUGACGUCGCCGUCACGCUACCGGCAGUUCCUUUGGACUCCAGUUACAGGGAGAAGAUAUGCCUUACUGUUGUCAAAUAGACUAUUGUUACGUAGUAUCAGGGUAAAAUAUAAUGUAACAGCUGUAUUUGGUUCGUUCCCAAAACCAUAUUUGCUUGCUUGGAUAGCAGUUGGCCGUUAAUAAAUACCUAUUGCUUUAUUUCAUUGGCCUCUAAUCCUUCACGUGUCGUCCGGUGAAUCGACAAAGGUGCUCGAACCGACUAUGUUUAAAAAAUAGAGACAUGUUAUCGUCUCACUUACAGGCAGGCGUCUCUGAGCUAACGAAACAAUUAUAUAGCUCAGAAAAUUGUUACGGCUAUUACGUUACGAUACAAUUAGCGUCGGUAUUUGUUAAAUAUGUAUUGUGCUUUUUCUUUUGUAUUGUGAAAUAUUAAUAUGAGCAAGGAUGCCUAUUGUAAUUAAGUGUAUGUUACAGGAUUGUCUUUAAUACGUAAAGGGCCUAUGUCAAAGUUCAGUUUAAUUUUAUUAU